AUGUUCCUGCGUAGGGCUGUCCUGGCUGGCGGAGCAGCACUGUUUGCUGCAGCAGUUCUGAAGCAUAGUGGGGGAGACUCCAGUGUAGCUGCUGUGCAAUGGCCUCCUGCCUUUACUAGGAGCUGGGACCCCAACUGGGACCGACGUGAACCAAUGUCUCUGAUCAAUCUAAAUGACCUGAAGGGCAAUAAAGAGGACGACUUGAAAAGCCAGUUAAAAAAAUACAAUGCGAAAGUCAGACGGCAUAUCUUCCUUGUUCGCCAUGGACAGUACAAUGUUGCUGGUGAAACUGAUUCUGAAAGAGUCCUAACGCCACUUGGUCGUGAGCAGGCCAACUUAACUGGACAGCGCCUGGCUAAUUUGGGUUACACCUACAAUGAGGUGACAUAUUCAACCUUGCACAGGGCCAAAGAGACAUCAGAAAUAAUUGGACAGCAUCUGCAGGGUGUGAAAAGCACUGGUUCUGACUUGCUAAGAGAAGGGGCUCCCAUUAGACCAGACCCACCAAGCCAUGACUGGAAACCAGAUAUUGUGUAUUUUGAGGAUGGACCACGUAUAGAAUCUGCUUUUAGAAGCUAUAUUCACCGUGCUGACUAUGAACAGAAAGAUGAAAGCUAUGAGAUCAUAGUUUGCCAUGAUAAUGUUAUCCGCUAUAUUGUAUGCAGGGCUCUUCAGCUGCCUCCUGAAGCUUGGCUACGCAUGGAUCUAAAUCAUGGCAGCAUUACUGAACUUGUGAUUCAUCACAAUGGUAAUGUAACUCUAAGGAUGCUUGGUGAUGCUGGGUAUAUGCCUACUUCUAAACUCAGCUGCUGA